AUGAGUUUCGUUCUAGCUUCUCUAGUCUUCAAUGUCAUCCCUACUGCUGUGGAAAUCUCAAUGGUAUCUGCAAUUUUUUGCGGCUCACUUGGCCCAGAAUUUGCUUACAUGACUCUCGGUAGUGUAGGAAUGUAUGCAACGGCUACGCUGGCGAUUACACAGUGGCGUACCAAGUUUCGUCAUGAAAUGAACCAAGCGGAUAACGAUGCCGGAAACAAAGCAGUGGACUCGCUCAUUAAUUAUGAGACGGUUAAGAUAGAGGAUGUGCAUUUCGGAUAUUUGCCGGAAAAGCCUAUUCUCAAUGGUUUAACAAUGGAAAUCCCGGCAGGCAAAAAAGUGGCUGUUGUUGGAGGGUCUGGUUCGGGGAAGUCAACGCUUGUUCGUUUGCUUUAUCGCUUGUAUGACGCCGACAGCGGACAUAUCACUGUAAAUGGGAUUGACAUCCAUGACCUCAAGCUUAAUUCACUGAGAAGAGCAAUAUCAGUGGUGCCACAGGUUAAGUCUUUGGGCGAUGGUAUAAGCAAAUACGUUAGUGGUUGA